ACAGCUGCCGAAAAACCAACCUUAAACUGUUAAAUACUUUAAUUAGUCAGGCUUAUCCGCUGCAAUAAACUUUCUGGCUAAUAUAGUCUCGGUGCAUGCAAACGUAAAUUAUAUGAAUUGCGCUCCUAGCAGUCAGUUCGCAUAUGUUCAGUUAUAACAAACUCACAGCUAGCGCCUGCAUCCCGAAUUUCGAUCUUUGGAGGCUCAGCGAUGCCGAAUAUUUCUGCACUUAAUCAGUCAAUUCUUAGGUUUCCUGGCCCUCCAGAACUUCCCGUCUUCCACCCUAAUGUUGGUGUAAGCGACGAUGAUGAAAACUGCAGCAAAAAGCUAGAUUUUCUCUUCUGGAUCAUUAACGGUGUCAUCGGAGUUUUUAUUCUGUCCGGAAACACUGUCACUUGCGCGGCUUUUCUUCGCUUCGAGAACCUCCGGCGCAGCUAUAUGAACCUUCUCUUGCUCAGCCUUGCCAUUUGUGAUGUUCUCAUGGCGGUCACAGUCACACCUGGAUAUGCCGCUUUUUGCACUGGCUGCCGAUAUGGCUUCAGCAAGUUUUGUUGGGUUUUCGAAGGCGGCAAAGAUGUCUGUUUUCUGAGCUCCACGUUUAAUCUGCUAGCGAUCUCGUAUGACAGACAGUUGGCCAUAUUUCAGCCACUCAAAUACCAGACCAAGAUGUCGCGAAAGAAAAUUCGAUACAUUCUGUCGGCGGUUUGGAUUGGUCCUCUCUUCCUCGCCUCUGUAAGAAACAUAUGGUCCCACAAUCAACCGCCGCAUGUGGUUGAACAGUGGAACAGAACCUAUUCAUACAUUCUCCUGUGUGUUUUUGUCAUAGUUCCUAUUGUGAUCGUCAGCGUUAUCAAUGCAGCAAUUUUCACCGCCAUUAGGAAACAAAGGCGAAGAAUAACCGCCUUCAACUGUAACAAUUACAAAUACUGGUGGAAGAAGAAACAUCGCAUGCAAUAUAUACAAAUGCGAAAGGGAACUCUUUCAUGUGUGUUAGUAGUUAUUACUUUCGUAGUCUGUUGGCUUCCUAGAAAUUUUUAUUACUUCUUUUACUUGUUCAACCAUCCCGAGUUUGUUACUCCGUUACUAAGUAAAAUUUCAGUGACUUUUCUCUUGUUCCAAUCUUCGACAAACCCUCUCAUUUACUGUUUUUACAGAAGGGAGUUCCGCCAAGCCGUCAGAACUUUAAUUAAAUGUCAGUAGUGUUGAGCAAGCCUCAUACAGUUUUGAUUCUACUAGUUACGUCAUUCGGAUAAUUUAUGUCAAUCAAGAUAUCCCAACAGCUGAUGUAAACAAUUAAAAUGUCAAAUUUAAUAAUUCUUUAUUGUUUUCUGUACUCUCUCUAAUUUAUAUUCGUUAUUUUGCGGUUCCGCUCAUAAAAGUUGUUAUGUAAAUAAGUACAAGCGUAUGGACUAAGUAUAUAACUCAGUGUUUUUGGCUGAAAAUGUUUGAUUUAAACAAUCGCUUUUGGGCAGGGGGCAACAGGAAACGGAGACCCGGGCACAGGAGGGGGAGAACUCUAUGGGAGGCGGGGAGAGAGAGAGAGAGAGGAUGGAAAGUAAUUAAACAUUGCGUAAUUUUUGUAAUACAUGAACAGUCACCAUUAAAGGGCGGUAACAUUGAUGAUUUACGUUUCUGAGUAGGAGGCAAAAAUAGUGAAACGCGGGAUUUUUGAUACAACUAGGAGUCCUCUGUAACCACAAGACCGAAAGCCUGACCAAACGCGAUUCUUUAGGCCCGGCGAACUCCCAUAAAAAAAGGAUAGGGGUGCUCGUCCUCCCUUUUAGGGGUUAAAAUGCGGUUUUUUUUACCUCUGAGUGUUCAGCCUCACAAAGUCCACACCGGGAGCUUUUGCGGCAACCGUAAUAAGAAAUUCAAGUGAGCGACGAGAGAUAAUGUGUAUCUCUUAGGGGUGAAAAACAUUUCAAGCCACGCCCACAAAACAGGACCUUGGUACUUCUUUGGUGUUCUUUUCAAAAUUUCCGAUGAGCACCCCCGUCUUUUUUAUAAGGGAGUCCCCUUCUACCUCGGGCCUUUUGAUUGUCCGUUUAAUUUCCCACCUUCCAUUCUUGGGCAACUUUCUAUAAUAAUCCACGGAUGGAAGCAAAUUUAAUCAGAGCAAUUUGUAUUAAUUUGAUAUCUUUCAUUUUUCAACGUUGUCGAACGUCACCGCCCUGCCAGCCGAAGAACAAGUAUCAGUUGUGCGUGCGAGUUUUUUGCGUUAUCGACGUUGCUAUGGAAAGUUACCUAGGACGCGGUCGCCGUUCUACGCGCCUCUCCCCAACCAACCGGAGGCCUGGCUGGAUUGUUCGAAAGCCGGAUAACGGUAACCCAAGAUUAAAAGUUAACCAAAGUAUUAAUUUUUCUUGAAU